AUGUUUUUCCUGUCGUGGGAAUUAUGGCAAAAGAUGACUUUUGUUCUGGGCCUAGGCAUAUCCUGUGUGUUUUUACUUGGAUGGAUUAAACUGUUAUGGAAAGUUAGAAGCGAAAAGAGACACGAGAUCGUCGACGAAGAAAAACGAUCCAAAAUCAGAGAACUGAAAAUUAGUGGUCGUAGCCUUGAGUCGCGAGGGAAACCGGAAAUACCCUUUGGCGUGAGAGCCAUUCAAAGUGGUAUUCAGGUAGAUGGAAUCUGGAUAUCAAAUCCAAAUACUCCGGUCCCCAGUGAAUUAAAUCUUGUAUCAAUCCCAAAUGAAUCAUCUGAUGAAUCCGGCUCAAGCGACCAACGCUUAUCACCCAGUACACUGGCGCCACCACGCUUACGGCCAAAGCUUCGUGUCCGGUCCCUCGGUCGACCAGAUAGCUAUGGCGGUCGAAGAUUCCCCGAGACUCUUCAAGAUAUUACGGAGGGGAGUGUCGCUCGCACAACAUACAAGCCUCGAAACUCGUCACAUCUACGAUAUGCUGAUAGCCACGAAAGCGAGCCAGAAACGAUUGAACAGAACGACGAAAAGCUGAGUUCAAAGAAGAAAAUGCAAAGUCCUCGUAUUCGAGUACCACCCAGGGUAUACAUAGACGCAGACUCCUCCGCAGCAGAUAGCGAACGUAACUCUGGAACGUCAGACGAGUCUGAUGCCUCUCUCUCUCAAGAUCCGACGACAAUUGAUGAACGCCGCAGUCUGACCGCGUCUGGUAUGCUUUCUACUCCCUCUCCCACACUACAGCCAUCUAGGGGCAGUUUGCAAAGGAUCAGUACCACGCCGGCGCUCCCGCAAAAUCCUAGCGCUGAAACUAUAACGUCCAUCGGGGAACCCUUUGCCGCGGAGUGUACACGUCUACUUCAUUCUGAGCCGUCGCAAUUCCAAAAGCAUGAUGACCUACAAUUUCAUCUAACAUUACCUUUUUGCGAUCGAGUUCCAUCGCUCUCAACCCCUACUGAUCUUCAUAUGAACUCCAACACUCGCCAAGUUAAUCCUGGAUUUGAGGUCCUGCCCGCUGGCACCUUUGGGAAACCAGCUGAGCUUAGCAUGCCUAUCGAAGCAGCUGAACAAUCAAAUGAGCACAGAGAAUGUGAUCAGAAACCAACAGAAAAAAAGACUCCAGCGAAACUUCAGAAAAAACCCCGCUCACCAACCUUGGAGCAGACUGGUCUUGCUGGUGGACCUUGA